AUGGCUCCUGGUUUUGUCCACUCCGCCAAACUUUAUCUGAGAGGGUUUUAUAUGAUGCCAAGUGAUGAUGUGGGGACAUUACGCAGGGAUGCUGCGGCAACCCGGAAAGCCCCGACAACGCCAAAACUCGAUCGUCAGAAGGCCAACAACACCAAAUCAGAAAUCUUUUUCCCUACCAGGUUUAAUAAGAGAUUGCAGAAAAGUAUAGUUAAUAUCCUUGUGGCUCCUAAGAGGUUAGCUAUUCACCAUUUCAACAAUAUGAGGGACAAAAUUAGAAGAGCUUUAUCUAUCUGGAACCACUCUAAAAUUUCAGCUGCUGGUAAAACAAUUCUGAUAAACUGGUCCAUUCUUUCAACCCCUCUUUAUUACCUUUCGGUCUAUCCUGUGCCUGACUCCAUUUUGGAUGACAUUUCCAAGUUUGCUAGAUUUUUCUUUUGGUCUAAGGGUGGCAAUAGAAAGGGCAUGAACUCGGUUAGUUGGAUGGAUGCUACUCUUGAUAAAUCUGAGGGGGGGUUAUCCAUCAGGAAUUUGCAUAGAUCUAAAAUAUCUUUAAUGGCUAAGAAUGUCUUCAAAUACCUGAACAAGCAAAAUGCCAUCUGGGUUGAUAUCCUUUUACUGAAGUAUGGUGACUUUAAUCCUUGGACUGAUAGCAUUAUAUCUAAUUGCUCUUGUUUCUAUCGUGGCCUUUGUCGGACUGCCAGAAUUAUCAAACCUCAUUGCCGGAUCCUGUCUGUUAAUCCUUUGAAAACCACCUUCAUGUUUGAUCCUUGGUAUUUUGAGACCCCUCUUGUUUAUAAACCUACUUAUCUCAGUAUGGAAGAGAACUUUGAAACAUUAAAUUUAACUGACUUUCUUGUGGAUUCCCAUUGGAACCUCCAUUCUUUGAAUUUGAUGUUUGGUUCACAUCUUAAUCUUGAAACUAUCAAUCAUGCUCAUCAGGAUCACUGGGAUGGCUGGGGUCAAAUCUGGAGACUCAAGAUUGCUCCUCGGGCUAAACAUUUCCUUUGGCUUCUCUUCCAUAAUGGGAUCAAAACUUAUGAUUUUUUAUAUCGGCUAAGAUUGGGUCCUCAAACUAAUUGUGUGCUUUGCAGCUUGGUCUGUGAAGAUGCUGAGCAUCUUCUGAAUUUAUGCCCGAAAUCCCAACUUAUCUGGGACUAUGUGAAAAAUAUGAUUGGCAAAACUUUCAAUUUUAGGAAUGGCUUUUCUUCUAGGAGUUGGCUUAGCCCUUCUGAAUCUGGUCUCGACCUCUAUACACAUUCUGUUAUAGCUGUCAUAGCUAGGUAUAUCUGGAAGGCCAGAUGCAAUAAGAUAUUCAAAAAUGAAAAUUUGGACUGUCGGUCUUUGGCUUCCAAAGCUGUUGCUCAUACCAGAGAGUAUUAUUAUUCUUCGAAUUCUCAGCAGGGGAGAAACCUUAUCUUGCAUAACUUCACAGCCCUUGAUAGUCCGUUCAUGGUCUUCUCAGCCUUCUGGAACUGUAGUUAUAGAUUCAGUGCUAGCUCUAUACUAGAUGCAGAAGCUGAGGCGAUGAAGAAUUUUCUACACUACAUGAUCCAAAACAAUUUGAUGGCAAGACAUCUGGUCUGCACCAAUGAUGAGUUUGUCAAAUCAGUUAACCAUGGUGUUCAGCUUUAA